UGUAGAGGAACCCGCCUAAGAAAAAAGAAAGCGCAUUGGUUUUGCAGGCAGUGGGAGAGAGGGAGAGAGACUGAACAGCGACCGUUGGCUGUACCAAAGAGCCCAAGAUCGUCUUCACGGUAAUCUGGCCACUGCCAAGAUCUUCCAACACGAUUCCAACCCCACCCAACAGAAAAAACAAGAGCAAAAAAUAUUCAAAAGAGAAAUGCGAAUUAUGAGAAUCUUCAAUCAGAAAAAGGCAGUAAGCUUAGGUCUCUCUGUCUGGGCUCCACAUCGUCUAUGUUGGUGAGGAUCUUAGAAGGUUAUGAAAGGAUGACUAUUUAUGUCAGCAAUUGGCAUUUUGAUUAACUGGGUCAGCUUGCAUUAGCCCGCUUUCUAUGCGGAGACGAUAUGACAAAUGCUCGCAAGAGAAUACUUAACCAGGCUUCUGGAAAGUCUUCCUUCUCCAAGAAGGAAAUUGGGUCUAAGAGAAAUCUCACAAUACAAAAGAAAAGCAGCUGCAAAAUGUCCUAUUCUAAAAGAUGCAAACUGAAACCAAGAUCUGUAAAGACGAUCGGUUCGAUCCGAUCCAAGAAAAAGGCAUCGGAGUUUUCUGGUGGUGGUAAUAGGAAUAACUCUCUCAAUGGAAAACGGGUGAGAAGAACUAUGCAGAAACUCUCCAAUGUGAAGGCCAACAGGAAGCAAUCUUCCUUACAGCUUGUAGCUGGGAAACCUUCACCCUUGAGACGGAAACGGAAUGGGGAAAACGCUGCUGGUGAUGGAGUUCAAAGAAUAGAGAAAAGGAGAAAGAAGAAGAGGAAGGAGCGUGUUGAGCCAGACGAAGCAUCCCGUUUGCAAAGAAGAACAAGGUACCUGCUGAUCAAAAUGAAGUUGGAGCAGAACCUUAUUGAUGCAUACUCCGGAGAGGGAUGGAAAGGUCAGAGUCGGGAAAAAAUUAAGCCAGAAAAGGAGUUACAAAGAGCUGUGAAGCAAAUAUUGAGAUGUAAACUUGGUAUCCGUGAUGCAAUCCGCCAGCUGGAAUUGCUUAGUUCUGAAGGAUGCAUUGAAGAUGCUGUGAUCAACCCGGAUGGAUCUGUUUUCCAUGAACAUAUUUUCUGUGCAAAAUGCAAGUCACGGGAUGUUUUCCCAGAUAAUGAUAUAAUAUUAUGUGACGGGACGUGCAAUUGUGCUUUCCACCAAAAAUGUCUGGAGCCUCCAUUAGCAACUGAAAACAUACCUCCUGGAGAUCAAGGAUGGCUUUGCAAAUUUUGUGAGUGUAAGAUGGAAAUACUAGAGGCUGUUAAUGCACAUCUUGGCACCCGCUUCACUGCAAAUAGUAAUUGGCAGGUUGGUAAAUGUUCCUGCUUCACUGCAAAUAGUAAUUGGCAGGAUAUUUUUAAGGAGGAAGCUACUGCCCCUGAUGGUGAGAAUACAUCUGUUGAUCCAGCAGAAGAAUGGCCAUCUGAUGAUUCAGAGGAUGAGGAUUACAACCCGGAAAUGAAUGAAAAGGUGUGCAGCCGAUUGGGAACGGAAGAAGAGGACCUGUCUGAUGAUGCUUGCAGUUCAAGUAGCUUAUUUUGGUCAUCUGACGAAGCUAGUUCUCCAAAAAAUAGUUUUAGUGGAGGGUUUCAGGCAAAAAAUCAAAGGAGAAAUUUAGAUGAUUCGAUCAUCAGCAUUGAUUCUGAUGACACUGAUGAUCGUGAAAUAAUGAGCUGUCGGAGGCAGCGGAAGGAUGUCGACUAUAAGAAACUGUAUGAUGAAAUGUUUGGCAAGGCAGAAAAUGAACAAUUAAGCGAAGAUGAGGACUGGGGCCCACGUAGAAGAAAGCAGAAGGGGAAGGAGUCUGAUGCAGGCACUGUUAUGGCUGCGUGCAAUGAUGAGGCCCGCUGUUUGGGUAAUGAACUAACUGUAGAAGUUAAAAAGAAACAGCCGGCUGUUUCCCAAGAUAGGAAACCGCUCUUCAGGAUUCCACCCAAUGCAGUUGAGAAGCUUCGCCAGGUAUUUGCUGAAAAUGAGCUUCCUUCAAGGGCUAUCAGGGAGAGUCUUUCAAAGCAGUUGGGUAUUGCAUUUGAGAAGGUCAACAAGUGGUUCAAGAAUGCUCGAUACACGGCUCUUAAGAUCAGAAAGGCAGAAAACACAAAGCAACUCUGCAGUGACAGCAAGGCUAAAGGAUCAAACAUGGAAACUGUAAAGAAUCAUAAUGCUGACCUAGCAGCAUCAAAGGCUAACUCCUAUCUGGUCCAUUCAUCAGUGGCCGGCAUCCAUGUCCCCAAAAGCUUGAGGAGAAUACGUUUGAGAAAGAACCCCAAGUCAAUAUCUACUCCCUUGAAAAAGCAGCGGAGUAGAGCAGCAGGCACGCUGUCUCCCAACACAAUAACGAAACUAAGAGCAGCUCUUAUAGAGAAUCAGUUCCCUUUGAUAUCUUCCCAACAGGGCUUAUCAAAGCAAUUGAGCAUACCUUAUCGUCAGGUGAGCAAUAAAAUCUACAGUAAGAAGCAAACGAGCAUUUCAAAAAGAAGAAGUGCUUUGGAGAAGAAGAGCAUCAGCUUCAAACAGCAAAUCACUUGCUGUGCAAACGAGAUGACCGGCAAUGAACAGAUGCUAGUUGAGAUGGAGAGAUUGUUUCGUCUAGAAGAUAGGAUUGAGAAACUGAAGAAGGUAGUGAAAACGUGCAUAGAUAAAAGUCAUGCAUCAUCGAAUGAGACCCAUUUGGACGAACGACCUGUAAUCUAUGUUCCAGUUGCUGAGGUGAGGGAAAAAGUGCGAUCUCGUACAGUUAAUGGAUCGUAACACCAGCUCCUCUGCAUCUUCUUCUCGUAAUCAUUGAAGGAAAUGAAAAUUGAUUUUUUGCA